CAUCUCCCACAUGCUCACCUUCUGCCACAAGAUGACAGCACCCUCAGAAGCUGUUCUCGAUUAGCAGACAACACUCGAUCCAGUCUCUGCUCUCUGCUUCACACCACUUCUCUUCUUUUUCCUCCUCCUCUUCUUCUUCUUCUUACUGUCUCAUCCUCUCCGAGCUAUGGAGAUCUCAGUGUCUCCCUUGGAGCAUUUCUUGGGAGGCGACGGAACUGGUUUUAAAAUGUUUUCACCCUUUUAGAGGUUCGUAGUUACUUAUCAUCGAAAAUCUUUCGAUAUCGGUGUUGCAAGGAAGGUGCGAGCCAUUUUUGAUCUUCGUAGCUCGGUGCAAUGUCGAGGGCUAGAGGAACGCAUUUGCACCAGCAGCAACAGCAGUCUCCGCGAGUUCCCCUUCACCUCAAGAACACAAUCAGUCCUGAAGUUAACAAUAGUCUUCAUCUCCGAGCAACAGUUGAUCAAAGCCUAAAGCUUAAGGAGAGUAAAUGCGGUGCUAAGGCGGAUGAUCUAGCAACCAAAUUGAGCAAAGCCCGGGAAGAGCUCGAGAAGCUUCGUGAUCGAUUGGACUCCGCUGAACUCGCCAAGGAAGAUGCUGAACAAGCACUCGACAAGGCCAAGAAACAGAUCUGCUCUGCUUCUGCUUCUGUUCAUACUCCCCAAGUAGAAGAACCACACCAAUCAUUGGAGCAAGAGUCAAAGCCUAGUGAUGAUGGCAGUGAAGGAAUUUCAAUGGAGAAAUUGGAAGAGCAAAGGAAUGAUGUGAUCAUGGAGCUGAAAGCCAUGAUAUUGGAGAAAGAUAAGAAAGUGGAGAUUCUGCUGGAGGAGAACAUGAUCUUCAAGCGAAAGUCCGAGGAAGAAGCUACGAAGCUCUUGGAGGCAGCGCGAGCCAAGGAAGAGGAACUCGAGGCUAAGAUAGUCUCCAUCGAAGCGGAAUUGAAGGAGAGCGAGGCGAGAGCCGGGAAGCUAGCGGUGCGGUUGGCGGUGACUGAGGGAGAGAAAGAGACGGUGGAGGCGGAGAUGAGGAGGAUGCGGGUGCAAAUGGAGCAAUGGCGCAAGGCGGCGGAGACCGCCACUGCACUGCUGGCCGCGGGGGAGGGUGGGUUCAUGGUGGAGAUGGGAGGAGGAAGGCGGUGCAGGUCGAUGGACAAUCAUCUCGAUGGUUGGGGAUCGCCGGCGGAGAUGGGGGAGGAGGAAGGGGGUAGAGGGUGGAGAAAGAUGGCCGGAAUGCAGAUGCUCGGAGAGAUUUGGAAGAAGAGGACGCAUCACUAGGUGAAGAGGAAGCUGCACUUAAAAGAUGAAUACGUUUACCCCUAGUAUCACCGUCAGCCCUCAGGACACUUAUAGGCCUACUUUGUCUGUUGACUUGGUUGUGCUGUUUAUUAAUUAUUUUUGAUGUUUAUCGACCAAAUUGUUUUGGGUUGUGGAACUUUUUCUUUUGAAACCAAAUUAUAAGUUUUGGUGUUUGAGCA